GGGUAUACAAGGUAUACAGGGUAUACAGGGUAUACAGGGUAUACAGGGUAUACAGGGUAUACAGGGUAUAGGGUAUACAGGGUAUACAGGGUAUACAGGGUAUACAGGGUAUACAAGGGGUAUACAUGAAUAUACAGGGUAUACAGGAUCUACAGGGGGUAUACAGGGUAUACAUCAGGUAUACAGGGUAUACAUGGAUACAGGGUAUACAGGGUAUACAUGGGGUACAGGGUAUACAUGGGUAUACAGGGUAUACAGGGUAUACAAUACAGGGUAUACAUAGGGUAUACAUAUACAGGUAUACAGGGUAUACAGGGUAUACAUAAUACAGUAUACAGGGUAUACAGGGGGUAUACAGGGUAUACAGGGUAUACAGGGUAUACAGGGUAUACAGGGUAUACAGGGUAUACAGGGGGUAUACAGGGUAUACAGGGUAUACAGGGUAUACAGGGUAUACAGGGUAUACAGGGUAUACAUAGGUAUACAGGGGCACAGGGGCAUACAUGGGGUAUACAGGGUAUACAGGGUAUACAUACAGGGUAUACAGGGUAUACAGGGUAUACAGGGUAUAUAGGUAUACAGGGUAUACAUGGGUAUACAGGGUAUACAGGGUAUACAGGGUAUACAGGGUAUACAUAGGUAUACAGGUAUACAGGGUAUACAGGGUAUACAGGGUAUACAGGGUAUACAGGGUAUACAGGGUAUACAGGGUAUACAGGGUAUACAGGGUAUACAGGGCAUACAUGGGUAUACAGGGUAUACAUGGGUAUACAGGGUAUACAGGGGCAUACAGGGUAUACAUAGGUAUACAGGGUAUACAGGGCAUAUAGUACAGGGUAUACAUGGGUAUACAGGGUAUACAUGGGUAUACAGGGCAUACAGGGUAUACAUAGGUAUACAGGGUAUACAGGGGUAUACAGGGGUAUACAUGGGUAUACAGGGUAUACAGGGUAUACAGGGGUAUACAUAGGGUAUACAGGGUAUACAGGGUAUACAUAGGUAUACAGGGUAUACAGGGUAUACAGGGUAUACAUGGGUAUACAGGGUAUACAGGGUAUACAUAGGUAUACAGGGUAUACAUGGGUAUACAGGGUAUACAUGGGUAUACAGGGUAUACAGGGUAUACAGGAUAUACAGGGUAUACAGGGUAUACAGGGUAUACAGGGUAUACAGGGUAUACAUAGGUAUACAGGGUAUACAUAGGUAUACAGGGUAUACAGGGUAUACAGCGUAUACAUAGGUAUACAGGGUAUACAGGGUAUACAUAGGUAUACAGGGUAUACAGGGUAUACAUAAGUAUACAGGGUAUACAUGGGUAUACAGGGUAUACAGGGUAUACAGGGUAUACAUAGGUAUACAGGGUAUACAGGGGCAUACAGGGUAGGGUAUACAGGGUAUACAUAGGUAUACAGGGUAUACAGGGUAUACAGGGUAACAGGGUAUACAGGGGUAUACAUGGGUAUACAGGGUAUACAGGGUAUACAGGGUAUACAGGGUAUACAUAAUACAGGGCAUACAGGGUAUACAUGGGUAUACAGGGUAUACAGGGUAGGGUACAGGGCAUACAGGGUAUACAGGGUAUACAGGGUAUACAUAGGUAUACAGGGUAUAUACAGGGUAUACAUAGGUAUACAGGGUAUACAGGGUAUACAGGGUACAGGGUACAGGGUAUACAUAGGCAUACAGGGUAUACAGGGGCAUACAGGGUAUACAGGGUAUACAUAGGUAUACAGGGUAUACAGGGUAUACAGGGUAUACAGGGUAUACAGGGUAUACAGGGUAUACAGGGUAUACAGGGU